CUCCCGACCAAAAAGGGCCCCACAAAAGGCCCGACGGGGCAUGCGCAGGGCCCGGGGAGCCAGGGCGCGCUUGGGUGGCUGGCGGAGGUGCGGGGCUGGGGCGCGGGGAGGUCUCUGCACGCGAGAGGGCUUGGGGGUGGGUGGCCGCCCGGUGCCUCUGGGCCGAGAUCGGUAAAGGUGCUGCCUCCUGCCUCGCCAUGACGGCGUCUCCCGACUACCUGGUGAUCCUCUUCGGGGCCACGGCGGGGGCCAACGGGGCUAGGCUGGGGUCCGACGAGAGGGAGUUGGUCCAGCUGCUGUGGAAGGUGGUGGAUCUGGCUCAGAAGAAGGUGGGAAACCUUUACGAAGUACUGAUCAAACCUGAUCUUUUGGAGCUGACGGAGGAAUGCCAAGAAGAAACCCAAAACACGUUGGACAGCCUGACCCUGGCCGUGCAGCUGGAGCAAGCUCUGAGACAGUUUAACCAGUCUGUGAGCAAUGAACUAAAUAUUGGUGUUGGUACUUCAUUCUGUCUCUGCACUGAUGGGCAGCUUCAUAUCAGGCAGGUUCUGCACCCUGAAGCUUCCAAAAAGAAUAUCUUGUUGCCUGAAUGUUUCUACUCAUUUUUUGAUCUCCGAAAAGAAUUCAAGAAAUGUUGCCCAGGCUCACCUGAAAUUGACAAGCUGGAUGCUAAAACCAUGGCAGAGCAUCUUAAUCUUGACGGGAACAAUCCAGUGCAGCGUUUUGGUAUAUCUCAAGUGGAAGAUAUGGCAAAUGUCAUCUUAACUCUAAUUUCUGAACCAUACAAUCACAGAUUUUCAGAUCCAGAAAGAGUAAACUACAAAUUUGAAAGUGGAACCUGCAGCAAGAUGGAACUUGUAGAUGAUAAUACCAUAAUCCGAGCAAGAGGUUUACCAUGGCAAUCAUCUGACCAGGAUAUUGCUAGAUUCUUCAAAGGCUUAAACAUUGCCAAAGGAGGGGCUGCACUUUGCCUUAAUGCCCAAGGCAGACGCAAUGGGGAAGCUCUUGUCAGGUUUGUGAGUGAAGAACACAGAGAUCUCGCCCUGCAAAGACACAAGCAUCACAUGGGGAACCGGUACAUUGAGGUGUACAAAGCAACAGGUGAAGACUUUCUCAAAAUUGCAGGAGGCACAUCCAAUGAAGUAGCUCAGUUCUUGUCAAAAGAGAACCAAGUGAUUGUUCGGAUGCGGGGUCUCCCCUUCAACGUAACAACAGAAGAAGUGUUAGCGUUUUUUGGUCAGCAUUGUCCUGUGACAGGUGGAAAGGAAGGAGUCCUCUUUGUGACGUACCCUGAUAAUCGGCCAACGGGGGAUGCAUUCGUGUUGUUUGCCUGUGAAGAAUACGCACAGAAUGCAUUAAAAAAACACAAGGACUUACUGGGUAAAAGGUACAUAGAACUUUUCCGGAGCACAGCAGCUGAGGUUCAACAGGUGUUGAACAGGUAUUCUUCUGCACCUCUGAUUCCUCUUCCAACUCCCCCUAUCCUUCCUGUACUACCUCAGCAAUAUGUACCUCCCACCAAUGUAAGGGACUGCAUACGACUACGCGGUCUUCCCUAUGCUGCCACAAUAGAGGAUAUUCUGGGAUUUCUGGGGGAGUUUUCUGCUGAUAUCAGAACUCAUGGGGUUCACAUGGUAUUAAAUCACCAGGGACGUCCAUCGGGAGAUGCUUUCAUCCAAAUGAAAUCUUCAGACCGAGCUCUUAUGGCUGCGCAGAAGUGCCAUAAGAAAACCAUGAAGGACAGAUAUGUUGAAGUCUUUCAGUGUUCUGCCGAGGAGAUGAACUUUGUGUUAAUGGGGGGCACUUUAAAUCGAAAUGGCUUAUCCCCGCCACCAUGUAAGUUACCAUGUAUUUCUCCACCUUCAUAUACAUUUCCAGCUCCCACAGCAGUAAUCCCAACAGAAGCUGCCCUGUACCAACCAUCUGUGCUUCUCAAUCCACGGACACUUCAGCCCUCCACUGCAUACUAUCCAGCUGGCACUCAGCUCUUCAUGAACUACACAGCAUACUACCCCAGUAUGCAGCAACGAAUGGAUCUGUACACACAGAUGAGUCGGCCAGGUCAGUGCCCAAAGAAUGGAUAUGUCUUUAAAGGUCCAAGCAGUUAGAUUGUCUUAACAAAGAUUCUCCCUGACAUCCUGAACAAUGUCAACCAGCAAAAAUGGAGUUCCACGUCAACUAAAACAGUCUGCUGCAAGAAAAGUUGCCACUGUUGUGGAUACCUGCCUGUGUCUUUUUUAAAAAGUAGCAAAUGCAUGCACACUUGAUGCACUCCACUUAUGCAAGCUUGCCAUUAAAGUUGUUUAAACUAUUACCACGUAGGAGCACAAUUGCCAAAUGCACAAGAAAGAGCUGGGUAUCCCCCCCCCCCCGCACUGCCAAUAUUCAAGAUGUUAAAAUAUUCUCCCAUCACAAAAAGAGUAAUGAUUGGAGAUCAGGACACUAUGAAAUUGUUAGAACAGCAUACUAAACCAGUGUUUUUUUUUCUUUAUUUGCACACAUAUACAUUGAUUUUUUUUUUAUAAAACAGAAAGGGCUUUAGUGCCCUUUAGCUUUUUAUUAAAAAGUUUGCUUGUUUUGUAUAUAUUUAUUUGUUUAGAAAAAGGACUCAGAUUCAAGACAGGCUUACUUGACAGUGCAGAAAUGAUUAAGAGUGAAAAAUAGAAUACUUUGCAGAAAAAAAUAUUGUAACAUUUUGUAAAGAGAAAUUAUAUAUAUAUAUGAAAAUAAUGCGCUGAACUUGUAUAUUGCACAUAUGACUACUGUAUAUUUAAAUAACUCAUAGCUGAAUCUAAUGAGGGAUUGUCAUAGUGCACAAGAAAGAUGCACAAAGCCCCCAGUUCUGCUCUUCCACAACACCUGUGAUACAUAUGAAGCUAUUGCUUGUAAAAACUACGUUGUAUUGAAUUCUAGUGGGGAGAAAUCACUCACAUGCAAUAUUUGCCUACAGUGGUUUUGCCUGUGGAAGAAGUAAUUACAAUGAACAGCCUUAGGCUUCGUUUAAGAUUACUGGGAAUCUAUAGGCCAGGGACCCUCAUUUGAACUUUUAGUACUUGACUUCUCUGCUGAGAUCAAGGCUGAAUUGUUAAUCAAAUGCAUAGUGGUUUUCAUAGGAAAAAAACUGUUAUCACUUCUAUAGAACUGAGCUAUCCUACAUGGAUUCUGUACCAUCCUGCUAUGUGGAUGCUCCGCUCCUUGACUUUCCAACUUCUGUUGCAUUCACGUCUUCCACAAGUAUUAAACUGUUUUAAAUCCA